AUGUCGGCUGAGGAAGUUGUGGCGGAGGUUGAGGUGCCCAAGGAGCUGGGAGAGAUGGACGCCCUCAAGGAGGUGCUCAAGAAGGCCCUCAUCCACGACGGCCUCAAGCGCGGCCUGCACGAGGCCGCCAAGGCCCUGGACUCGCGUCGCGCCCGCCUGUGCUGCCUGGCCCAGGACUGCGACGAGCCCAGCUACAGCAAGCUGGUGCGCGCCCUGUGCGAGGAGCACGGCGUGAACCUCAUCCUGGUGCCCUCGGGCAAGCAGCUCGGCGAGUGGUGCGGCCUGUGCAAGAUCGACUCCCUGGGCGAGGCCCGCAAGGUCGUGUCCACGUCGUGCGCCGUCAUCACGGACUUCGGUGAGGAGACCCACGCCCUGAACGUGCUGCUGGACUACCUUAAGCGCCAGGGUGAGAACUAA